GGGCAUUCGCUCCAUGUCUCGCUCUCGUUCGCGCGAGCCCCGCAGCGGCUCUCGCCCUCGAGCUGCGGCUGCUGAUGGUGCCAAUGGCAAUCUUGGCGCAGUAGAUGAGACUGCCUCUACUACGGGCACCGAGUCGACGGCUGCUCAUGGCAAGGACAAUGGGCAUCACGGCCUGCUGGGCAAGAUUGCUCAUCACUUGCCUGGCCAUCAUCACAAUGGGUCGUAGUCUGUUGGAGGCCGAUGGAGGGUGGAUGGCCAACUUGGAUGGGGUUGCUUGCUCAAUACCAGAUGUGGGAAUUCAGGGCUCUUUCUCGCUCACCUCAUCGCAUCAGCCAGCCCUCCAGUGCUCGCGAACGCCUCACCACUCGCUUUUGUUUCCCUUGUUUCGUGACUGUCGGUGCUCGCUUUGCA